AUGGCCGCAGUCGCUGGACCCUGGCUACCACCAUCUUGGAUUUACAACUCAAUGCAAACAGAAAGUUUUGUCAACGGUGUGUGGUCGGAGAUCCUAAGAUCCUACUUUCCACUCAACAGUGCAAUGACGAACAACCACUACUUGGUGCUCCCUGAGUACUGGGUGUGGAACAACAAACGAACCGACCUUGUGGUCAAGCACAUAGACGGAAAUGGAAACGUCAACAACGACCAAACUGUUUUUGCAUUCGAAGGCAAGACCGUCGGCGCGAACUUUGACGACACGAAGGCUCAAUUGUUGUAUUACGUUAAAAGACUGCAACGGCACUCGAACGGCAAGAAAUAUGGAAUGCUUGGGAUUGGGAAGAACUGUGCAUUUUUCUAUUACAAUGGGCAGAAUUUGAUUAAUCUUGUUGCCAAUGUUGGGGGUGGUGUUGGCGAUUACCCAUCUCCACAUGACAUUAGAACCUAUGCGUUUGGUGUUGGGCCCGACGCUGAAUGCAUUGAUCGUAUUUUGAGAUACAUAGUGGACAAAUUAGAAACCUAG